GUGCUCCGGCCCAGUGCAUCCCUCGGACAGACCCAGUAAAAUUGAAAAAGAUCCUUCCUGUCGAUUUCAUGGAAAUCGUUUGACUGUAAUCCACCGUUUCUGUUAAGAAUUUGCGUUUGUCUCUGAACCGGAAGACCUUGGCGAAAUCAAAGUUCGCAGAGAGGUGACAUCUAGCUGCUCCACACCUGACUUCUUUGAAUGAGGUUUAACACCAAUUAGCAUUUGUUUUGGUUCGAUACCCAUACCAAUUUAAACACACUCAACUCACAUUCGGAAGAAGCUGGACAAACAUUCGCAUAAAGCUGCAGGUUAACGUACACAUCUUUAGCAUUCCAUUAUAAGUUUGAAGAUGCAAUCCACUGAUGGAUAACAGGUGACGAGCUGGCGCAGGUCGUGGGUUGUCCGUGGAUAAUGAGAGACAGUGGCGGUAGCCUGGCCCAGAACCGCUGGCAAGGAGACCUGGGUCUGACUGCUGUGGGGCAGGACGACACUGGAGGAGGUGGGAUUCCUGGAGACCACCUCAUAGUCCCAGUGUCAGGACACAGUGUACCCAGCCCCAUGCACCUCAGACUGGGGCAGAAAGAGAAGGUGUGGACAGGAGAGUAUGUAGACGAUGAGGAGGAGGAUGGAAUGGGUAGGAUCGAGGCAAUAGCUGAUGAGGAAGAAGAAAACAAUCUGGAUGGGGAGGACGAGGGUGAGUUUGAGGGGAGGGGUUGGGAUAACAAUGAGGAGGAAGAAGAGGAGGAGGUGGAAGAGGAGGGAGACCAGGCUGAGGUGGAGUGGGAAAUUCCAGCCUUUCCCUCCCAGUCCAACCAGCACCCUCAUUCUAAAGAACACCAACAUUAUGGACCUCAACAGAAGGCAGAGGAAGGUGGAGAUGUCACUGUGGAGGAUUCUGUCUCCCAGGCUGAAGCAGGGGUCCUGUUAAGGUCCCAUCUCAGCAGGCACAGGGCUCUGAGGAGGCUCAGGCGUUGGCAGCAUUUGCGAUCCCAUGGAGGCCUUGGAUUUCGGCUCACCCAGCACUGGAAGAGCUGGCGCCAGAGGGCCCAGUGGGUAUGUUCUCAAGGGCACAGGUGGAACCGGAGAGGGCAAAGGUACAGUCUGUACAGCAAGCAGAGAAGGAUAAAAAGAUAUCAGCAAUCACCAUACACCGAUGGAGAGGACGACAGCAGCAACAAUGAGAGGUUCACAGAGUCUGAGAGAGAUAAACAGAUAAAUGGCUGCUCUAUAGACAAGCAAGAGGACAGAGGGAGACGGGAUGUGGAGGUCAAACCAGUGGAGCUGGCCCUGACUGAGGAACACAUGAGUUGUGUGACUGGUAUUCUUGAAGAGUCUCUGCAGCAGUAUGGCAGUUUGAUCCCCAUCCAUGUGGAUGAUAUUGUGGAGAAGCUUCAGGACAUCUUCAGUGACAGCUUCUCACAGCCUCACAGGAAAGCAGUGGUCCAGCACCUAAUACAGUCUUUCCAGCGUUCAUCGGGAUCAGCCCUGGCUAAAACAUUCAGGGUCAACUACAAACGGCAUGUUCUGACCAUGGAUGACCUUGGCACUCUGUAUGGACAGAACUGGCUCAACGACCAGGUGAUGAACAUGUAUGGUGACCUGGUCAUGGACUUUGUGCCAGAAAAGGUUCACUUUUUCAACAGCUUCUUUUAUGAUAAGCUAAGGACAAAAGGCUACGAAGGAGUCAAACGGUGGACGAAAAAUGUUGACAUCUUUCAGAAGGACCUGUUAUUGAUCCCCAUCCACCUGGAGGUCCACUGGUCGCUGGUCAGUGUUGACAUUCCUCGUCGAGCCAUCACUUACUUUGACUCUCAGCGGACCCUCAACAGACGCUGCCCAAAGCACAUUUUUAAGUAUCUGCAAGCGGAGGCCAUCAAAAAAGACCAACAAGACUUUUUGACGGGAUGGAAAGGCUUUUUCAAAAUGAAUGUGGGUCGUCAAAACAACGACAGUGACUGUGGGGCUUUUGUGCUACAGUACUGCAAGUGUCUGGCACUAGGGCAGCCAUUCGGCUUCGGCCAGCAGGAUAUGCCCCGGCUGAGGAGGCAAAUGUACAAAGAACUAUGUCACUGCAAGCUCACCCUGUGACCCAGAGGUGUACCCCAGCCACCAUCUCAAACUGCUCCCACCCCCGACCCUAACAAGAUGGAGGGACAAUGAUAUAACGAGGAAAAGAGGAGCAAAUGAUUGACUGGAAAAAAGAGAAACUUUUCAAAAACAUUUUUUUUUCUCUGCCAACAACCAGAGAAACUACUUCUUCUAUUGUAGAUGAUGUCAUUGUUUCACUUUGUUUUGUCUGACUUUGCUUCCCUCUCUCCACCCUUUGAAAACUCUGAUUUAAUUUCCAUGUCAUGGUUAUUCCUUUGAGGUUGACAGAGGCCAAGACUAGCUUCUCUUUUGGGAAUAUGCUAAUCUUCCAUCCUAUCGUAGUCCACUUGUGUUUUUCAGUCUGAUUGGGAGCAUGAAGAAGAUCAUGAAGAUAUCUAAAUCCAGUCCAGAUGAAGGGUUGGACAAGAGUUAGUCAAACCUGACUACUACUUUCACGUAAGAAGCCUGAACACUGAGUGCAGGGGUAACGUGUGUGUACGGCAGAAUAAUCUGAACCAGUCUGUGUAAGCUUGUGGUUAAAUUGUACCAGUGGAUUUUCAUGCCUUCCAUCCAUCCAGUCCAUGUAUAUUGUGUUCCAUUUCAAAUGUCAAAUGUGAAACUCUCAGCCAACGUCUUUGGAAAAGCAAAGAAGGACAUCCAACAUAAAACACACUCCCCCAUGCUGCAGCCAAUGUUUAGUUGAUGAUGCUAUGUAGUCAGCACACAAUGCAACGUGGCAUUUCCAGUGUAUAAUAUUUGUUUAACAAUUUCCUGCAAGAUGUAUAGAUGGAUUUAAAGUGAUGCAGAAAUUGAACUUAGAAUGCGUAGUUGAGGCUGACAUGUUGACAUCAGAAAACACACUUCAGCAUGUGAAGAGCCAUUCUAGUACAUUGCAGAAUUUCCACAUCAUCUUUGGAACACACCACAUAUUGACCCCUGUGCCGGAAACCUAGUCUGCCUUCAUCACUCUUACCAUCAUAAACAGAACAUGUGGGAGACUGGAUCUGCAUCCGUGAAUCCAUGUCCAAACAAGCCAGAAUGACAUAUUGGCCCAAGAAGGGGUAUCUUUACAUUACAUUUAUCUUUUUUCUGUGUUUUAUCUCUGUCAGUGAAUGUGUUGGUAUGCUUAUUGCUUUAAACAAAUUGUGUUAAAAGGAGGACUACUAAUUUGUGUUAUUAAGUACAAAAGAGAUCCUCUGGUUAGUAUUUCUUUGAAAGUUUAAGAGCCAUUUUGGUGAGGACCACGAUUGCUGCACAACAGAUCAUGUCCACAAUGGAGUACAGUACCCUCCUCUUUUUAUAACGAAAGACAAAUUUGUUGAAAGCUGUGUUUUUGAUUUUUUUUCUUUUUUUUUUCAAACAGGAGUUGAUACAACAGAGUCGACAGUUUUAUAUGUCUUCUCGCAUGGAUUAUGGUUGCUAAAAAUAAAAAUACACAGCAAACAAGUGAUUGUGCAUAUUAUCAAUGCUACUGCGUGAGCAUCACAUGGUUAUGCUGACAUGAUGAUCUACACGUUAUCCUGACUACAGCAGUGAAGUGUUACGUAUUACAUUUACUCAAGUACUGUACUGAAGUACACAAUUUGGGUACUUAAGAAUUUCCAUUUCAUGCCAUUUAAUACUUCAACUCCAAAACAGAAAUGUUGUACUUUUUACUCACUACAUUUCUCUCACAGCUCUAGUUUAAAGUUCCUUUGCAAAUAAAGAUUUUAACAAACA